CAAAAUAACACCACUGAAGUGACUGAAUUCAUUCUUCUGGGAUUUGCUGGUCAACACAAGUCUUGGCAUAUACUUCUCAUAGUAUUUCUAGUGAUCUAUGUAGCUACCCUCAUGGGUAAUAUUGGAAUGAUACUACUCAUCAAAAUUGAUUCUUCUCUUCACACUCCCAUGUAUUUUUUUCUCCAACACCUGGCAUUUGUUGAUCUUUGUUACACCUCUGCUAUCACUCCCAUGAUGUUGGAAAACUUUGUAGAGACAAAACAAUCCAUCUCAUUCAUAGGAUGUAUGGUGCAAUUACUAGCCUAUGGUACUUUUGCAACAAGCGACUGUUACAUCCUGGCUGCUAUGACAGUAGACCGUUAUGUAGCCAUCUGUAACCCACUUCGCUAUCCAGUUGUCAUGUCCCAGAGACUCUGCAUUCAGCUGUUGGUUGGUUCAUAUGUCAUGGGUUUCCUAAAUGCCUCUGUAAACAUUAGUUUUACUUUCUCAUUGAACUUCUGCAAAUCCAAUACAACUAAUCACUUUUUUUGUGAUGAACCCCCAAUUCUUGCCCUAUCACGCUCCAUUAUUAACCUCAACAUCAUGCUACUAACAGUGUCUGUGGAAAUGAACUUGAUGUGCACUGUGUUGGUCGUCAUAUUUUCCUACAUAUAUACCCUGGCUGCCAUCCUAAGGAUAUCUUUUGCUGCAGGAAGGAAAAAAGCCUUCUCCACAUGUGCUUCUCACCUGACAGCAGUCACCAUUUUCUAUGGGACUCUUUCUUACAUGUAUCUACACCAUCAUACUAAUGAGUCUCAAGAGCAGGAAAAAGUGGCUUUUGUGUUUUAUGGAAUUAUUAUUCCCAUGUUAAACCCCUUGAUCUACAACCUGAGAAACUAAGAUGUGAUUGAAGCCCUAAAAAAGAUAGGAAAGAAAUG